AUAUCUACGCCAAAACUAACUUUUUAAAUUUUCACCAUUACCAACUCUGCCGCCGCUGCCGUCGCCGGCGCCGGCGUCGCCAAAACCAGAGAGGAAUGACGGCAUAUUGUGCAGUGAAUUCUCUGAGGAAUAGAAUUGAUUAUAUUCUCCAUUCUUCUCAUUUUAUCCUCGUUGAUCCCUCUCCAUAUAUCUUAGAACUCGCCUACAAGGAGUUGAAUCCAUUGCAAGAAAUUCUUGAAAAAUUGGACAGAACAAGAACAAGCAAGAGCAGGAAGAAGGUGAACGCUUUGGAUGUAAGAAUCAAAGAUUUGAUUUGGGAAUUCGAGGAUUUAUUGGAAUCCCUUCUCUACCAACAGAUUCUUUCAUAUGCAGACCAAGUAGAUGAAGAAAUGAAAGAGAGAGUAUGGGAAUCCCAAAGCUUAAUGGAAUCACUCCCCUCACAGCCACCGCCGCAGCCGCAGAUUCCAUUUGAAAGCUCUCCUUCACACCAGACUACCACAACAUCAAGAAGAAGAAGACUACUGCACGCUUUGAAACCUAAAAGACUGCUACACUAUUUCAAACCCAAAGGAAGAGAAUUCAACGCACCAAGCCUAGAAGAUGAAGAUGAAGAUGAAGUUGGAGGUGAGGGAAUCAGAAUCUCCAUUGAUCUUCAGUGCCUAGAAGAUGAUGCUCGUUCCUUCACGGAGAGGCUCAAGGAAAUGGAGGAGGAAUACAUUCAUGAAGUAGACAAUAUGCCUCAAGACGACGACAAGGACCAAUCUAUUUCCUCAAGAACUAGGACCAAAUCCAAGAUGAUUGGAUUAUCGGAUCAAUUCCAAGAACUCAAAGAGGAUAUCAUCAAGAGUGUCUAUUUCCAACUCAUCACACUUGUUGGAACUGCAGGCGUUGGGAAGACUGCUCUUGCUCAGGCAGUUUUUGAAGAUCCUGAAGUCAUGAGCCAUUUUAAGCAUCGCGCAUGGGUUACGGUAGGCAGAAAAUCUCGAUUUGAUGAAGUCUCACGGGCCAUUCUAGCUCAAAUGUUUGGAAUCACACAAGGAGAUGGCGAAUUAGGUGCCUACUUAGAAAGAUUGGUGCGAAAGAAAUGCCUCAUUGUGCUCGAUGAUGUGUGGGAGAAACAGAUAACGGAUUCCUUGAUGAAUUCCUUACCUGACAUCUGGAAAGCAUAUAUUCAUAUCUUGGUCACUACUCGAGACACAAACGCAACUUCCCGAAGCUGUGGUAGUAUUAUGAUGGUGCGUUUUUUGAAGGAAGAAGAAAGUAAAGAGCUACUAUGCGAUAAGGUGUUUGGUGAAAAUGGUUGCCCUUUUCAACUUGACAAAGCCGUUACCAAAAUUGCCAAGAACUGUGAAGGUCUUCCUCUUAUGAUAGUCACAGUGGCUGACAUCCUGUCAAAAUCUCAGAUUACAGACACCAGGUACUGGGAAGAUGUAGCAGAAAUGCGAAAUUCAGUCUUUACAGAUGCAUAUAAUGAAAUAUCAAAGGUACUUUUUCCAAGUUACGACUACUUACCUCAAUAUCUUAAAAUGCCUUUUCUAUAUAUGGGAGUCUUCCCUCCAGAUUAUGACAUCCCCUUUUCCAAACUCACGAAUAUGUUGACUACUGAGGGCUGGUUUCAUAACACAAAGAAAGAACAAUCUUUGAAGGAUUCUGUAUGGCAUUGUUUGAUGGAGAUUUGUGAGAAUAGAAAUCUUGUUCUAUUUAGUAAGAGGAUCAGUUAUAAGACCUGGUGGACGUAUAAAACUUGUCGCCUUCAUUCGUCAUGGCGGCACGUGUGUAGAGGAGAGGCUCGAAAGAACAAUUUUUAUAAUGUCUUAAAAAAGCUUGUUGAAGGCUUAGAAGAUGGUAUAAAAGGUCAGCAUUGCUUGUGUCUUGAAAAUAACCUUUUAUUUAGCAUCAAUGAAUUUUGCAACUCCAUGAGAUUGAACUGUGCAUCUUCCACACGUUCUCUUCUUUUUUAUGGUCCAUACCAUCAAUAUCCAAUACCUUUAGGUGAUGAUUUCAAGUUGCUUGGGAAACUAGAUGCUCUUAACCUACGUUUGUUCACUUUCCCAACAGAAAUUCUUACACUGAUCCUACUGAAGUACCUUGCUCUAACUUGCAACGGAGAGCUCCCAACAACCAUAUCCAAACUUUUCAACCUUCGAAUCUUGAUUAUCCAUCAGCAUAACAACAUUAGAAUUUGUGGAGCUCCAUCAUAUGUGCCAAUACAAAUAUGGGAUAUGAAAGAGUUAGAGCAUAUUGAGAUAUUGGGGAAGAGCCUUGUAGCUCCAUAUCAUUUUGUUUCUUUGAAAAAACUCUCAACACUUGUAGGUGUGAAUGCAAGCAUUUGUACUAUCUUGGAGCUCUAUCGAAAAGUUCCUUGUAUAAGGAAAUUAGGAGUUCAAAUCGAGCUAACACCUUAUGAUGAUCAUAAUGACCUUAUGAGUUGCUUUGGUUGUGUUUCAACACUUGAAUGUUUGGAGACACUGAAAUGUAGUUUUAUAAAUCCUGUGGUUAAGAACGAUCACGCGUUUCCUAGUUCAUUGAUGAUUUUUCCUAGUGGAUUGAAAAAGUUGCAUUUGAGUGGCAUGAGUUUUCCUUGGGAAUACAUGGAUGUAAUUGGCUCUUUGCCAUCUCUUGAAGUGCUUAAAUUGCGAGCCUAUGCCUUUCGGGGUUCAAAGUGGGAAACACAGGAGAAAAGUUUUCUGAAACUUGAGUUUCUUUUUAUUGAAGACAGUGAUUUGGUGCAAUGGAAACCAAGAUCUGGAAGCUUCCCUAGUCUUAUAUACCUAAGAAUGGAACAUUGCUACAAACUAGAAGAGUUCCAGUGGUUGUCUAAGCUUGAGUUCGGAGAGAUUGAGUUGGUGAACUGUAAUCCUGUAGCUUUGACUUGUGCCAAGCAAUUACAACUGUAUGAAUAUACUGCCCUUGAAGUUACUGCCACUUCUUCGUUCGACGAGAAACCCAUUACUAUCAAGUUUCGAAGGUAUGGGUCUGGCCGGUGAAAACAAAUGAAUACGAGUAUAUCCUUCGUGGAAUAAGCGGGCGACUGUCAGGUAUAUGUAUGCACAUUCAUGUUCUUUAUAUAUGCAUUACAAAAAUGGCAACUUUCUCUGUUAAAAGCAUUGAUCACAUAUCAAAAGUUUAGUGCAUAUGAACAUGAAAUUCUUGAUUAACCGAUUUUACUAUUCCAAAGUAAAUUUCCUUUUGUGUGUAAGUUUAUUGUGGGUUGCUACACCUUUUGUGUCAUCAAUAGGUUUGAAAUAACUAUGUCAACUUGAAAUUUCCAUACGAUCGAGGGUGUUUGGCUAAGCUUAUUUUAAAGAGCUUAUAAGCUCUUGGAGCUUAUAAGAUGUUUCAAGAGCUUAUAAGAUGUCAUUUUUAAGAGCUUAUAAGUUGUCAAAGUAUUUGGAUAAUUGAGCUUAUAAGUUAGAGAGAGAAUUUUUUUGCUAGAGAGAUAAAAUAUUUUUUUAGACAGAGAAAAUAAAAAAAAA